CAAUAAACCACAUACAACGAUUGGUUGAAAGAAUCGUUUUUUCCGAAGUUAGCCGAAGUGACGAUCAAAACCAAAACAAUAAACCACAUACAACGAUUGGUUGAGAGAAUCGUGUUUUCCGAAGCUAUCCGAAUGAUGCUGAAUUGUUAAGCAGCGUUGGCAAUAUUUUUGGAAAAGUAUAUAAUCCCAGGUUUUCGCUUCCGUUCGAGAGGAAAUAUGACAUAAUUAUUUCAAUGUAAAAUGUAUCGGCUAUUGAAUAAAUGAUAAUACUGACAAUACUAAUGCUUGAUGAAUUCAGGAUAUGUUCUAAGCCAAGUUACAGAAUGAAAUUAUGUUCAUAAAUUUAAUAUGAAAAAAUAAGGAGAUGACGAAGAAAGAAGUUUGGCAACGUUGUUUAUUUAACAACCCACUUCGAAUGGCCACAUGUUUACAUAUUCUCGAAUCUUGAGUGAUACAAACGUUAUUGUUGGACGAUUUACGUGAAAACGUAUUAUUUUUAACUAGAAACUGCAAAAAUGGUGAAUCGCUGUGUGGUGUGCAAAAAAAUCAGCAGUAAAAGCAGUGGGAAAUCCAUGCACCGAAUGCCUAUUGAUAGUGCUCGACAGAAAUUAUGGAUGGACCAGUUAAAACUGAAAAUUUCAGAAUCUUCCAAAUGGGUAUAUGUUUGCUCUGGCCAUUUCUGUGACGAAGAUUUCAUCCUUAAAUUUGGAAAAAAAUGUUUGAAAACUGAAGCUAUUCCAUCCAGGAUUUCAUUGCCUGAUCCUUGUUCAAGUAACACAUUAGCGGCUUCAGACGAAAGGUAUAUGACCCAGGACCCAUCAGAUGUUGGUAAAGUUGGGGAGUCCUCAAAAUCCAUUGGUUCUGAAUUGUCAGAAACUUCAGAUUUGUCUGCUACCGCAAGUACUUCAGAUUUAUCUGCCACAUUGACUGCUUCCGAUUUAUCUGCUACAGACAUGUCUGUUGCUUUGGCCGCUUCAGAUUUAUCAGGCAAAGUCGAUUCCUUAGAAGUAUUUGAUACUGAUAGAUUUGCAGCACCACAUAGAUAUACUUCAUGUUGCACAUCGACUGCUUCAGAUAGAAGGAGUGUGACCCAGACACUCUCAGAUAUUGGUAGAGUCGAGGAAUUCCCAAAACUGAGUGGUUCUGAACUAUCUAAAACUUCAACAGCUUCAGAUUUGUCUGCUACAUGCAAUGAUUGCACCAGUCUGUUGAUACCCCUCAUCAAAGAAACUACGUGUAUUUCCUUUAUUUUCAAAUUUGAUAGUAUCUGUCCAUUGUCAUGUUGUCACACUUUCAGAAUCCUAUUGUUUAUAAUUAUAAAGACGCAUUAA